AUGUUAAAAAGAAUAAUAACAAAUAACAAAUUAAUAAUUAAUCAAGUAUUACAACAUAGAUAUUAUAGUAGUAGUAGUAGUAGUAAUGUUGUAGACUCUACUUCUUCUACCUCUGCUUCUCCUAUAGUUGAAUGUGAAUAUAUAAAAUUAGAAGGAAAAGAUAAAGGAAUUAGUGUAAUAACAUUUAAUAGAGGACAAGUAAAGAAUGCAAUUGGAUCUACAUUGUUGAGACAAUUCAAGAGUCAUUUACAUCAAGUACGUUUUGACAAUGAAUCAAGAGUAUUGGUUUUAAAGAGUAGUGUUGCCAAUACAUUUUGUGCUGGUGCAGAUCUAAAGGAACGUUCACAAAUGGAUCAAAAGCAAGUGGCAGAGUUUGUGUAUGAUUUGCGACAAUCAUUUUCUGAUUUGGAGAAUCUUCCCAUUCCUACGAUUGCAGUGAUUGAAGGUAUUGCAUUGGGUGGUGGUAUGGAGAUGGCCAUUUCAUGUGACAUGAGAAUUGCAAGCAAGGCUGCCAAGUUGGGUCUUCCUGAAACUGGUUUGGCCAUCAUCCCUGGUGCCGGUGGUACUCAACGUCUACCAAGAUUAAUUGGUAGUUCACGUGCCAAAGAACUCAUCUUUACCGGUCAAAUACUCAAUAGCUCGAGAGCUCUCGAGAUUGGAUUGGUAGAAUACGAAACUGAAAAUGGUCAAGCCUAUGAAAAGGCUUUGGAAAUUGCUAGACAAAUCACAACAAAGGGUCCCAUUGCCAUUAAAAUGGCUAAAUUAUCAAUAGACAAGGGUAUGAAUGUCGAUAUUGCAACUGGCAUGUCAAUCGAACAACAAUGCUAUGCUCAAGUAAUCCCAACAAAAGAUCGUAUCGAAGGUUUAACUGCUUUUAAAGAAAAAAGAUCUCCACAAUAUAAAGGCGAAUAA